AUGUCUCCUCGUCCACAAAUCGUCCCUUCGCCUUCGUCUUCGCCUUCGUCUUCUCCUUCGUCUGCACCUUCGUCGUCCUCCGAAGGGUUCCUCCAAAACACCGCGGCGGUCGCCGCCGUCUCUGCUGUCUUUAGUCUCAUCGGCCUUGUGCUCUUCAUCGCCGUCGUCAUCGAUGUCAUCCGCUGGCUUCGGCGUGCCAAGAAGUCUGGCCGCGAGGUCGCCAAAGCCGCCGUGAAGGCUGCCCGGCCUGCUCCAGCCUUCGCUGGCGGCGACUACCUUCUUGGAAGAGGAGGUCCGCGAGGCGGCACGCUCCCGGUGGCCCCCGGGUACUCGGACAACACUCACGGUGGCACCUCCGCUCGAUCUCCGUUGGCUCGCAGAGGCGGCGCAGCUGGUGAAAACGCUGGUAUUAGUGUUAUGGAGUCGAACAGGACGCGUAGUGUGGGUGGCGCGAACCAGACCGUGCCUUCUAACGUGUUUGCUGUGCCGCGUCCACCGAGGCUGAACCCAUAUCACGACCCUGCGAGUGUCUACGGCCAGCAGACCAUGUAUUUCAGCCAGCGCGGGUUGCUCGAUACCGCGGCAUCGGACGCUACUGGUCUCGGUGCUAGUGGUGCUACAUCCGGAUACUCCCAGGACGGUGGCAACGUCGGACCUUCUGCUCAGGAACAUCAUCCUCCUUCGACCAUAUGGAUUGAGUCGAGGACUCAGCCUCCGCAAGCAAGUGCUGCAGCGCCUACUCCUUCCCCCUCCGACUACACAGACAACCUGUCUAUAUCCUCGUGCACAAUCCCGCCUUCGUAUCACACGCAUUACCCAAACCCGGCACCUCCCUCGUACCUUGCCCCCCCACCUAGUUCAAACUACGGCUCCAUGCAAGAGCCCCGCGCACCACCAUCUGCCUUCAGAGUCAAUAGAGCUCGUUUACGGAUUCCGUCCUCUCGAACAUCGUCCUGGAUCCCCCAAUCAAUUCCUAGGCAGUCGCGUCCGCCCCCGUUGCCCACUACUGGUCGAGAAGGCCGAUUUGCUGACAUUCAAGAACGAGAAGGAAUGCAGCGAGCUAGCCAGGCAGUAGAUGGCGGCGUUCGUCUAGCCGGUGGGGCUUCGGACACUGUCAGGGUCGUAGGAGACGAGUGGGAUUAUCAUAUCAGUGGGCUUGAUGUGAUGCUGCUUCCGGACUACGGCGAAGAUUUUCAAAGAGGCUGUUCACAAGGGCACAACUCGAGUCAUUCCAACUUUGAGGCCGCGCGGCUGAGUGAGUCCGUUAUUGACACAGCGGAUCGCGUUGCGGGAACAGAUGACGUCCAAGAGUUUCUCGACGAGUUCCUUCCCUAUGAUGUUCCUCAGAAACGCAAACUCAGGACUCCCAAACGACCCAAGGUUAAACUCGCCAACCACCCGUUCCGCACUCUCGAGAAAGCCGACUUGAUGUCUGAGGACAAAGUGGUUAGGCUAUUCGCUGCUGCUGUCAAGGAACACAAUCUCGCCCCUGGCUUAGGCAUGGCUCGCUGCCAGCACAAGCCUGACAAGUCACCGAAGAGGAGGCGACGAAAGGGAGAGGAGCCGGCGGAGCCUCCGAAGGUUGACACACUGCGGCAGAAGGUCGACGCCGCAUUCUAUCGCGCUGGUCUCGUUCCGAAGGAUCAACGACCUCAUUGGGCUGACCAGAUUGUUCCCGUGGAGUUUAAGAGUGGCCAGCGUGGUAGCGCCGCGGACCCUUUUGCAUCCAACGCGGACCACGAUGCUCAGGGGCAAGCGCAGGACGCAGUGGCUUUCGACGAGCAAGACGACGAAGACGUCCCAGAGCUUGAGGAGCUUGAGGAGGAUGAAGACGAGGAUGAAGAAGAAGACGAGGAUUCCGAGUCGGACGAGGACGAGGACGAUGACACGGUGGAGGGUGAGGCUCAGACGGCAAAGCAGCCUGCACCUCAGGACACUCCUGCCAAGGACCCUGGCGAGCUUGAGCCACCCGACCCUGGAUCAGAAGGACCUCAACUCGUCUUUGACUAUGUCCGGAAGAUGUUCGCAGAGUCCAUUGUCGAUCCGCGGUGGCCACGAUACAAGUUGAGCGUAGGCGAGGGCACUGUAGUUAAGGAGGUGGGAAUGCCACUCAAGAAGUUUCAGACGGCAAUUCAACUCGUGAGUUUGCUCCUGGAUUGUCUCGUCACGCAUGAAUCAGUGGCUACACACCCUGACCUUCGCAUCCUCCAUCGGGAUAUCAGCGAUAGUAACAUCGUCAUCGUGCCAAAGGUCCUUCCAUUUGGGGCAAAGAACAUCAGUGGGCGCACUCUCAACUGGACUGGGAUUUUGACAGAUUGGGAGAUGUCAAAACCCAUUGACCUUGACUCUCCGGAUGCUCAUGCUGCACGCCAACCUCAUCGAUCGCGCAAGGACACGAUCAUUACCAAAGGGAAGCUCUCGUAUUACGUGCCGAGGAGGGGGCUCGUGAAGAUCACCUUCAACGGAACUCCUCUAGACAAGCUACUGCACGAAUGCCUCACCUCAUUCGCUGCGUAUUACAAGGUCAUGGAAUAUGAUACUCGAGAUGCAGCCCAUUCCGAGUCCCCACCACCUGAAGUGGACACAGAAGAGCCCGUACUGAUCGUCAACGGUGUUCCUCUAGUUUAUACGCUCGGAAAGCACGGCAUGUUGGAUGACGAUGCUGGCAGCGCAGAGUCCCGGUCAGCGCCAGUUAGUCCUCGAUCUGACUCUUCAGCAGGGUCUGCAGGCUCAAAGCCCGAGAAGCCAACCAAGGAAGAAAGGGAUCAGGCUGAGAAUGUCUGGGAGCACCGCUGGAUGCGUCAAACCUUUCUGAAAUAUAUGCACCAGGCCGGAUGGGCGACGGUACACAGGGUCAAGGACCGUGUACCCAAGAACUGGACAUCUCCUCAUUCGCCUAUACCUGUCGAUUUGUCUCCUGGUCAACUGGAUAACGACGUGGCAUAG